AUGGCCACGCGCAGCAGCAGCACGAGCCUCGCCCUGAUCGACGUGAAGGCGACGUGCGCCAAGACGCCGAACCCGAUCUUCUGCACCAUGGUGCUCUCCGCCGACCCGGACAUCAAGACGGCGACGACCGAGCGCGCGCUAGCGGAGCUCGCGAUCAAGGCGUCGGCCCGGCUCGGCGCCACGGCGGGGAGCUACGCGCGGCGCGAGCUGGACCUGGUCAAGGACAACCUGCUGUGGCAGUGCCUGGACGAGUGCGCGCAGGACAUCGAGGACGCCGUGUCGCACCUGGACGACGCCGAGGGCGAGGUGGACGACGCCAAGUUCAACCUCGUCGCACAGUACCUCCAGCUCUCCGAGCAGGACACCUGGUCCUGCGACGAGAGCUGCCGGGACACGCCGCCCUGCCCCGUCAGGACCGCCGUGCUCGCCAAAAACAACGACUUCGAGAAGAUGAUGAACAUCACCAACGCGCUCAUCAAGGUCGUCCAAGCUUCCGCCAAGCCCGCCACAGCGCUGCCGGCCAAGCCAUGA